ACCGAAAGUACAUAGCAGAUUUAUUUAUGUGCCACAGCGCGUUCGUAGAACUAGUACACAUUGAAUUGAGGACAUGAACGCUGUGAAACUGACGGCACUUCUUCAACUUCUGGUUUACCAUGGAUACGUAAUAACGUCAACAUUAGCACAUGAUAAGCCAAUAAUAGGUGUGCUAUCUCAGAAGACUGAUGAAGAAAAAGCUUUCUAUGGUAACACCUACAUAGCUGCAUCUUAUGUGAAAUUCUUGGAAAGUUCUGGCGCUAGAGUUGUACCUAUACUUGUGAACCAAUCAAACUCUUACUAUCAGCAUCUCUUUAAUUCAAUCAAUGGUGCACUACUUCCUGGUGGAGAUGUUGAUAUGAAAACAUCUGGGUACGGCAAAGCUGCAAAAAUAAUUUAUGAUCUAGCAGUCCAGGUAAAUACAAUGUGAAAAAAAAGUGAACCCUACAUGCUAU